AUGUCAACUACAACAGCUACGGUAUUACCUUCAAUCCAAUUGAAGGUAAACUACAAUGAAAUCAAAAAUGUAAUCAAUGAUUUCUUAACUCAAUUUAAAGAUACAACCAUAGAUAUUGACUCAGACUUAGAAGAACCACAACAAAUUCAUUCCGGGAAAUAUAUGAACAUCUUACAAAAAGUCGCCAACAGAACUCAAUCAACAAUUUAUAUCGAAUUAGAUGAUUUAAAAUUAUUCUUAACCAAUUAUAAUCCAGAAUCACUGCAACGUUUCCAAGAGUCUCGGGGAUUAUUAUCAACCAUUAUCAACAAUUCUCAUAGAUUUAUUGAAUUAUUCAGUGGUGUAAUUGAUGAAAUCAUGCCGGAACCAACUGCUGAUAUUAAUUAUAAAGAUGAUGUUUUGGAUGUUAUUUUACAUCAACGUAGAUUACGUAAUGUUAGAUUACAACAAGAAUCUACUGAAGAAACUAAUAGAUUACGUGAUGGAUUCUUUUCCCAAGAUAACGACCAAACCCAACAACAACAAACACAAGCUAAUCCAGACACUGACAACAAUCAAUUCCCAGCUAAAUUAACCAGAAGAUAUUGUCUCUAUUUCAAACCAUUAUCCCACUCCACCGACAAAUCCCUCUCCGUCAGACAAAUCAAAGGAAAAUUCGUCGGGCAUUACAUCACCGUCCGUGGGAUCGUCACCCGAGUAUCCGACGUCAAACCAACAGUAUUAGUCAACGCUUAUACUUGUGAUAAAUGUGGAUAUGAAAUUUUUCAAGAAGUAAAUUCAAAAAUCUUCACCCCAUUAUCAGAAUGUACUUCUCCUGCAUGUCAGAGUGAUAAUUCAAAGGGACAAUUAUUUAUGUCUACUCGUGCUUCGAAAUUCUCGAGUUUUCAAGAAGUUAAGAUUCAAGAAAUGUCAAACCAGGUUCCAGUGGGACAUAUUCCCAGAACAUUGUCCGUGCAUGUGAAUGGAGAUUUAGUCAGAUCGAUGAAUCCAGGUGAUACGGUUGACGUGAGUGGGAUCUUCAUGCCAGCUCCAUAUACUGGGUUUAGAGCAUUAAAAGCAGGAUUAUUGACUGAAACUUAUUUAGAAGCCCAACAUGUCAGACAUCACAAGAAACAAUAUGAUGCUAUGGAAUUAUCAUUACAAGCCCAGCAUAAAAUCAAUGAUUUAUUAAGUGAAGGAGAUGUUUAUAAUAAAUUAGCUAAAUCAAUCGCUCCUGAAAUCUAUGGUCAUUUAGAUAUCAAGAAAAUCUUAUUAUUAUUAUUAUGUGGUGGUGUUACCAAAGAAAUCGGGGAUGGUCUCAAGAUCAGAGGUGAUAUUAAUGUUUGUCUUAUGGGAGACCCCGGGGUGGCCAAAUCUCAAUUAUUAAAAGCCAUUGGGAAAAUCGCCCCUCGGUCAGUGUAUACCACCGGUAGAGGUUCUUCUGGAGUUGGGUUAACCGCUGCAGUUAUGAGAGAUCCCAUAACUGAUGAAAUGAUCUUAGAAGGUGGUGCGUUAGUGUUGGCCGAUAAUGGGAUUUGUUGUAUUGAUGAAUUUGAUAAAAUGGAUGAAAAUGAUCGUACUGCAAUUCAUGAAGUUAUGGAACAGCAAACGAUUUCCAUUUCAAAAGCCGGGAUUACAACUACUUUGAAUGCUAGGACUUCUAUUUUGGCAGCUGCUAAUCCGUUAUAUGGAAGAUAUAAUCCAAGAUUAUCACCACAUGAAAAUAUCAAUUUACCCGCAGCCUUGUUGUCAAGAUUUGAUAUUAUGUAUUUAAUCUUAGAUCAACCUUCUCGUGAAAAUGAUGAAAAAUUGGCCAGUCAUGUGGCAUAUGUUCAUAUGCAUAACAAACAACCAGAAAUGGAUUUCGAACCAGUUGAUUCUGGGACAAUUAGAGAAUAUAUUUCUCGAGCAAGAACAUAUCGUCCAGUUGUCCCUAAGGAAGUUGGUGAUUAUGUGGUACAAUCAUAUAUCAAUAUGAGAAAAGAAUCCCAUAGAAAUGAAGGUUCAGUUAAGAAAUUCAGUCAUAUUACUCCUAGAACCUUAUUAGGGAUAUUAAGAUUAGCUCAAGCAUCUGCCAGAUUAAGAUUUGAUAAUUUUGUUACAUUUGAAGAUGUUGAUGAAUCUUUGAGAUUGAUUCAAGUGUCGAAAUCUUCAUUAUAUGCUGAAGAUCAAGAUCAAAUUAGAGAAGAUGAAUCUACCACGUCUAAGAUUUAUCAAAUUAUUAGAACUAUUGCCAUGGGUGAUAGAUCUAGAUUUAAUCGUACUUUACCUAUGAAUGAAAUUAAACAAAGAGUGAUUGCUAAGGGUUAUACUAUACAAGAAUUUGAAGAUUGUAUUUUAGAAUAUGAUGGGGUUGGUGUUUGGCAAAAGAUUGAUAAUGGUGAGACUUUGAUGUUUACCAACACUGGUGUUGAUGAAGAUGAAGAAAUGAGUUAUUAG